AUGGAAACGGGCCCUUUAAUCCCCGCCUCUCAAGCAUCCCGUCUCCUCUCAUCAUUUACGACCUUCCUAACACUAACUCUUCACACCCUCCUCUACCAUCGCGCUCUCUACCCCAAAACAACCUUUCUAACGGCUCGAGCCCUCAAUCUCCCCGUCCAUCAAUCCCGCCAUCCCGGUCUCUGCACAUGGAUAAACGACGCUGUAGCUUCAGUAGCAGCACAGCUACGUAAAGGAACUGUACGUCGUAUAGCCAUUGCGAUGCAUGCUGCAAAGACUUUUGAUGUGUUGGAGAGAUGGGUCUUUGAUGUUGAUCUGUUUCCCGCUGGGUGGGGUGAUAGAGAGGAGGCGACUUACAACCCUGCGUUGGUGGAGGCUGAUGAUGAUGGUGUGGUGAACUGGACCGAUGUCAAUGAGGCGCUCAGGGGUGCUCUGAGGAGAGUAGCACAGAAGGCGGAGAUGAUGCCCGAUUUACCUCAAGGGAGCACUUUUACUGUUGCCGUUGAGCUACGUGACGAUGCAAAUGCACCCAUAGGUCAUCCUCAACAUUGGAUACCAUCUCAACCCAACCUUCAACCACCAAACGACACCUCAUUAAAGCAAGGGUCCUCUCUUGGUGGUCAAAGUACAACAGCAAUUCGCUCUGUCCAGGCUGGUCCUUUAUUCUUUAAUUGCUGGAUCGAACAAAGCGAACCCACAACCUCAUAA